AUUGCAUGAAUUUGUUAGUUGAAGUUACCAGCGAAAAGGCGCUUGUUCAUACUGUACUGUUUCACACUGCGAAUAGGUUUAACAGAAUUACGUUGUGUGGUUCCUGUGUUCAUUUCAUUCUUACUGACUUCACAUUUGUGUGGGAAACUCUAGAACUAUAAUAACUUAUCAAAUUUGACUUCGCACUAGUUUUUAUAUGGACUGUCUACGUACUUGUUGUCCAGCGAGAUUCACUUAAUAUUCGGAUUACCUACUCAAUGGCGCACACAGUUAUUCAGAACACAAAUAACCCUUAUGCCAAUGGAAGGCUCGUAAGACGAAGCUCACAGGACCUUGGUUUGCAGGUUGAAGUUUACGAAGGUUAUUACGAAUUCCUCCGACGUUACACACUUGGUGAACGUUUUGGAUCUGGUGGAUUUGGUCAUGUUCACCAUGCUAGGCGUACAUCUGACAAUAAAGAAGUUGUAGUAAAAGAAGUUCGAUCGGAUAAAGUUCCAUGCUGGUGUUUGUUGGAUAAUCAAUUAAUGCCAAUUGAAGUUGUACUUCUAGUUAUGUGUCAAGGUUUACCUGGUAUAGUCAAUUUAUUAGAUGCUUUUAAUUUUGGUCAAUCUUGGGCAAUUGUUAUGGAUCAAGUAUCCAGUACAACAUGUGAUAUGUUUGAUUAUAUUGGUGAACGGGGAAUGUUGUCAGAAAAUGAAGCUUCUUUUUAUUUUCAUCAAUUGAUUGGUAUAUUGCUAUCAUGUCAUAAAGUUGGUGUAUUACAUCGAGAUAUUAAAGAUGAAAACAUUUUAAUUAAUCGUACAACGAAUGAAUUAGUACUCAUCGAUUUCGGUUCUGGUGCAUUCUUAGAAUCACGUUUAUAUACAGAUUUUGAUGGUACCCGUGUUUAUAGUCCACCUGAAUGGAUUUUAAACAACCGAUAUCAUGGUAAACAAGCCGAAGUAUGGUCUUUAGGUGUACUACUUUAUGAUAUGUUAUGUGGUGAUAUUCCUUUUGUUAAUGAUAAAAGUAUUAUCGGGGGAAAGUUGCGAUAUCGCAGAGACAAUAUAAGUGAAGCAGCAAAACAUCUUAUUGCGAGUUGUUUAAACAUGGAUCCAUCUAGACGUCCAUCUUUGUUAGAGAUUCUUCAACAUCCAUGGAUGCAAGCCCACAGACCUCAAACUGGUGUUAAAAUUCCAUUAGCUUAUCAAAUAGCUUUGGAUACUUUGGAGAAAGAAUCAAACUCUGAUGCUACUUCGACUAUUUCAAAUGUAUCAGAUUUACAACAUUCUGUAGAAGUGCAAAGUUCAAGUUUAUCAAAUCAAAUGAUUUCUAGUUUUCCACAUUCUUGCUCAUUUACAAAUCCUUCCAUAGGCAUUGAUAACAAUCAUAGAAGCCAACAAACCAAUAAUGUUGAUCGUUUACAAACAGUUUUAGAUUCUAAUUCUUCUUCUUCCGGUAAGGAUAGUCGCUCAAGCCUUCAUUUUCAUAUUCCCUCAGAUACCACUGAUUUAAUAGGAUCCAAUAUUGGUUAUGCUUUCCAUGACUUUUUACGAGAGGAGGUUUCAGUUGGUGGAUUUUCCCAAUCACCUGUAUCUAGUAUGUCUCCUAAACUUGAAACAGUGUGGUCCAAUCCGAACACAAAAAUUAACGAACGAGUAGAUAUGAACGUUCUUCCAGAUAGUAGGUUAUCAUGUCAACAAACAUCAUGCCCUGAAAUCAUACCGCGUCUUCAUUCCAAUGAAUCUGAUUCUAGCUCUGGCUAUUAUUCACGUUCAGAUUCUUUGUCAUCAAACGAUGGAAAACAGCUUAUUUCAGCUGUAAAUGUUGGUAACUUGCGUACUUGUUCAACUGCAAGUCAUAUGUCAUCCGUUAUGUCAGUUACUAAGCCUGUAUCAACAGCCGUCAAUGAUAAAUCUCCUUGUUCAACUGCAGUAUCCUCUUCCUAUUCCCGACUUCAAAAUACGGAAGUUCCUAUUCAUUUACAUUAUUGGCGUUCAGGUAGUUCCAGUACAACAUCAUCUGAUUCAUCGUCAUCUUAUUCAUCCACAAAAUCUAAUUGCCUUGAUAAACAACUACGGCAAAUUAGUGAAAAUACAUCACCCAUUCCCUCCUACUCGUCUCCAUCAUAUCUUAAUCCUUCUUGGUCUACUAUUUUGAGUUCAUCUAAACAUCCAUCUCAAAUCUAUUCAACCAAUACAACUCAUUCCAGUGUACCAUGUUCAGGUGUGACUAUGUAUUCUUCAACUACAAAUGCUGUAACCAGUUCAAAUUCCGAUAUAAUAAACACAUUGAAUAGUAACCUGUUAUCAUCUUCUACUUCAAAAUUAAAUUCUCCUCUAUCAACUCAUGAUUGGUUUUUCGGUAGUAGCAGUAGUAGUAAUAACAAUAUUGACAUGGAUCACGUAUGAUUUUUUGAACUAUUUACCGUCUGUCUCAAUGUACACAAUCAUUUAUAAGAAUAGUUGAAAGUUGAAACAUUUCUAAUCUUUGAUGUAUUUAUAUUAUGUCAAUAGGAAAUGAUCAAUUGGAUUUUAUUGAAACUCUGAUUGAUUAUUUUCCUAUUCACAUCAGUUAGUACAUCAAUAGAUUUUAAUUGUUCCACGCAUUAUAAUUAUUG